AUGCUUGCUAAUAGACUCUACUCAUCAUACAAGACUUCUUCCGGGCCCCGGAGACCUUCACCGCAUGCGUUGAUGUAUAGAAAGUGGGCAAAACCUGUGGGAAAGUUACUAACUUUAAGCAUUGGUUCGUAUUAUACCUUAUUUUAUCUAUGGGAAUAUCUGGAAAGGAGUGAAUUAGAAUAUGAAAAAUCUAGAAAUAUCUGA